CUCUCUCUCUCUCACUCUCUCUCUCCGUGGCAUUUAUUAUUAAAGGAGAGGCUGCCUCCUUUCCCCGUGUAGUGAAAGGACUUGUCCGCUUGCCACGACCUGCUGAGGGGCUGCACGAGCAACGUCGUCAACAUGAUAUCUGCGGUGAAGCUCAACACCGGAGCGGAGAUGCCCAUUGUGGGUCUGGGAACCUGGAGGGCGGAACAAGGAAAGGUGGUCGAGGCAGUAAAAGUGGCCAUAAGCGCCGGCUACAGGCACAUCGACGGCGCCCUGGUGUACCAGAAUGAAGAGGAAGUCGGUGCUGGGAUCCGUGCAAUGAUUGAUCAAGGAGUGGUCAAGAGGGAAGACCUGUUCAUUGUCAGCAAGCUGUGGUGCACCUUCCACCUUCCAUCUCUUGUGAAGGGAGGGUGUGAGAAGACUCUGAGAGACCUGAAACUGGACUACGUGGACCUGUACCUCAUGCACUUCCCUAUGGGAGCCAAGCCAGGUGAUAACUUUUUUCCUUUAGAUGAACACGAACAGAUCAUUUCUGAUGAUAGCAACUUCUUGGAUACUUGGGAGGCUAUGGAAGAGCUGGUGGAUGCUGGGUUGGUCAAAGCAAUCGGCAUCUCCAACUUUAACAAAGACCAGAUUGAAGCCUUGCUCAACAAACCAGGCCUCAAGUACAAGCCCGCCAACAACCAGAUUGAGUGUCACCCGUACUUGACCCAAGUGAAGCUGAUCGACUACUGCCACUCGAAGGGAAUUUCAGUGACGGCCUACAGCCCCCUGGGUUCCCCUGACAGACCCUGGGCUUCAACUGAAGAAGCCUCUCUGCUCGAGGACCCGAAGAUCAAGGCCAUCGCUGACAAGUACAACAAGACUCCAGCACAGGUGCUCAUGAGGUUCCACACCCAGAGGAAUGUGAUCGUUAUCGCAAAGUCAGUAACGCCCCAUCGAGUCAAGGAAAAUGUCCAGUUGUUUGACUUUGAGUUGAGCGAAGAAGACAUGAAGACCAUGCUGAGCUUGGACAGGAAUUGGAGAGGAUUCCCAAUGCCAUGGGCGACCAAACACAAAGACUUCCCCCUGAAUACAGAAUACUAACAUGCAAUACAAUGGACGGCACCUUCUGCUGUGCAUCUAUUCUUAUAAUUCAGAUGUUACGUGUUGUGAUAACAAACUAACUUGUUUAGAAAGACAGAGACUGAAGAAGGACGUAAUUAUACUGAGCUUUAGCUGGAUCUAUGAUCUCCUCUCUCAUUAAAUUAUCAAAUGGUUGUAGGUUAGGUUUACAAGGGACAAACGGGGCGUGGAAGUUGUCUCUACAAAAGUAAAACACAAAUUGAAUGACACUUUCACAACUUUCCCUUUUUUGUAAGCUUGUAACACGAGCGAUGUGCACAUAUUUGGGAAUGUGGACCGUUUAUGUGAGCUGCAUCGUGAUGAUCAAAGCCUGACAGUUUGGGCUAAGAAGAAGAUCAGAUUAUUUGUUACGCUUGUUAAUAGGUGGUCAUCCUUUGUUAUCACAAGUAUUCUGUCAGACUCCGGUACUUAUGCUGUAUUAAUUGAUCUUUUGAAGUUCCUGUAAAAAAAAAAACUUCCUGCAGGCAUUUUGCAGUAUAAUAAACUUGCCUAAAAUCUGAAUUGGACCAUACCACUACAGCAAUACAAAUGAAGUAUUUGAGCCGAUGACAUUUUUUGGGGUUAAACCAUCUGUGCUCCUACGUCUUCAUGACAUAAGCUUGGGUCUCAAGAUCAUUCUGCCGAUAAACCUUUUCAGACAUGAACUCCAAACAUAUGAAGAACGCAGCAGGAGAUUCUCUGGGUCAGAAAUGUUCACAACAGAAUCAUCUCCACGUAAUCUCCUGCUGUGUUCUCAUAAGGACUUGCUGGGACAUUCUCUGGAGUUCUUUGGGGGCUCUUAGGAGAUACAGCAGAAUAUGACUAAUCUCUACGUUCACACAUGCAGCCCUCUAAACUACAUUUCAUGUGCCUUAAAAGUGAAGCAUUCCCUAUCGUACUACAUUUAUGUUGGCUAUAUUUGUGUGUAUGUUUAUACCUUCGUGUGUGUUGGUCCCACCACUGCAGGUUUCGGCAGCUCAUUGCUGUAUCUGCUGGAUGAAUCUGAAAAAAACUUGCACCAACUAUUUUUCUGCCGCAGGACUUUAUUAAAAAUAAAAACAGCUGACAGGGGAA